CCGCCCUUCCGGGUACUGCAUCCUGGCGGCUACGCUACACGCGAACGUACUUUCCGCCACGCCAUUUUCCAUCGACCACCAAGAGGGAGCACGUCUGCCGAAGAGCCGCCGAUAUUUUACCCUGCAAGCUGCAUUAAACACGAUCCAGUCAUGCAUCGGGACUGCCCCCUUGACUGUAAGGUUUAUGUUGGGAAUCUGGGCAACAAUGGAAACAAGACGGAGUUAGAGAGGGCCUUUGGCUACUACGGCCCUCUGCGGAGCGUCUGGGUGGCCAGGAACCCCCCGGGCUUCGCCUUCGUUGAGUUUGAAGACCCCAGAGAUGCGACCGACGCCGUGCGUGAGCUUGAUGGGAGGACACUUUGUGGGUGCCGGGUGCGAGUAGAGCUGUCCAAUGGGGAGAAGCGCAGCCGCACCCGCGGCGCUCCUCCCUCGUGGGGCAGGCGUGUUCGAGAUCGAGACGACUACAGGCGUCGCAGCCCACCGGCCAGGCGAAGAUCUCCACGCAGGCGAAGCUUCAGCCGCAGCCGAAGCAGGUCUUUGUCAAGAGACAGGAGGAGAGAGAGGUCGCUCUCCCGGGACAGGAACCAUAAGCCUUCCAGGUCCUUCUCUCGUUCGAGAAGCCGCUCCAGGUCGACUGAAAGAAGAUAAGAGGAAAAGCGACGUCGCGCUUAGAGGGAGCUGCAGAUCCACGUUUGCACAGCUCUGCCAUUUCGUAUGAUGGACUUGCCAGCAUCUGUGUGUGAUCAUUCUGUUUUUGUUUCUUUCUUUUUUUUAAGUUUAUUUUUUUAACGAUCCUUUUAGUGUCCCUCCCUUUGUUUUGUCAUGUCUAAAAACACACGUAGUGGGUGUGUACAGGUGUAACGUCCCCCGCUGUCACCUACGCGCCAUGUUUUGAUGGUCCUGACACGGGCGUCCCACGCUGCAUUCCAGAUUUAGACUCUCUAAGCUUUGGUUCACGUCCACUAAUUUACUGUGGUUUGCAUUGUCAUUUUCACUGUGCAGAAGCAAGAAAAGAUUCUGGGAGGGACGGAAAGUGAAUGAUUUUGCUCUUUUUUUUUAUUGUUUUUGAUUUGCUCCUGUCCUGCAUCUGUUAAUGGUUGGUUAUCCCUGUUGAAGAAGCAGAAUCGUUGCAUUUAUAUGAAACUGUAGUGAACAGAAGUCAAAAGUUUGCAUAUUAGGUUUUACAUAGUUGGUCUUUUGUUAUGAAAUGUAUUUGUCCUUCAAAUAAACCACCUGUUGGGUAAAAUGA